AUGUUUCACGGAAGAAACACUUACCAUUUGUUGGUAGCACAAAACUUUCUUCGUAAUAUUUCGUUGGAUGGCACCCACAUUGACACGCACUUACGCCUUUUGCAAGCGCCAGACUACAAUUUCGACGAGGACAGGUUGGCGGCGGACAGCUCCGCGUUACUUCCGGAAAUGUGCCGCAGUGAAAGCACUGAGGUGGACGAAUACUCGGACCGGUCGAGCGAUAUUGCCGGUCGAAGGAAGCCGGCCAGACGGCGACACUUGAGCUUCAGAGAACGUUUGUCGUCGUGUGGUAGUGUUGACAACACGGCUGGCAUCCUGCUGCGUGUUAGCGAGUCGAUGGUAGCCGAGAACCGCAGUAACUUGAGCUUCAGUAGAUCGGCUAGUGACUCGGCAGAAGCUACCGACGACUUUCGUACUGUCGAAUUUGCCACUGACGGCGACUUGACGCGUGCUUCUUUUAACACGCACAGGGAAAAUGCUGAAAGUAAGAAAAGUUUGGAAACUUCAGAAACCAUCGGAUUGCGACCAUUCUGCUUUGACGGCAAGGCCAUAUCUUAUAGCAGCUUGUUGAAACCGAGCCGAUCUCAAUCGUAUGAAUUGCCGUUCAGUUCAUUCGACUUCUCUGCUGUUGCCAAUCCAAAGACGUAUUUCGAGGAUGAGUUUUACCGCCUCGAACUUCCAUCGAGUAUUUUGGAUGAUUCAGAAUUCAGGCCGCGAAUUCAUAAAACAACUUUGACGUUUACCUCGUAUAUGACAUCGGUGAUUGAUUACACAAAUGCAGAAGAGCUUAAAAAAGAGAUGAAUGAAAAGUUUCUAAAAAAAUAUCCUGAAAUUCAGCUAACUUAUAGCAAGUACCAAAGCUUGAAGAAAGAUUUGAAGAAAAUCGCGGUAAAGGCUGAUAUUGAUCUCGUCCUCUUAGCCGAAGCAUAUGCCUAUUUUGAUCAAAUAGUCCUGAAGGCUUUUAUCGACAAAUUGAACCGAAAGUGUAUCGCGGGUGUCUGCAUGUUGUUAGCCGCAAAGAUGAACGACGUAAAAGGUCCAAACUUGUCUACGUUGAUUGAAACAAUUAAAGACACGUUUCGCCUGGAGAAGCAUGAUUUAUUUCUCUACGAGCUUCCGGUAGUUGUGGCACUUGAGUUUGGAUUGCAUCUCCGUACCUGCAUCGUAGCAGCUCAUUAUCAAAAGAUUGCCUGGUACAGUUGA